AAAAAAAAAUGCAUAAAAACUACCAAAAACAUAUUAAAUAUACUGGAAGAAUAUUGCAAGUUGCCAAAAGGGAGCUAUAUAUAUAAAAUUAUAGUAAUAGCAUUUUUCGGCAUUUUGUAUCCAAUAUUUUUCAUAGUGGGUGUUAAUUUAAUUAUACAUAUUAUUUUAAGCAGUUUUUAUUCAAAUUCUCCUAAUUGCUAUAAAAACAACAUUGAAAUAAUCCGAGUAAUCUGCAUACUUAUCAUGUGCAUAGGAAUGCUUUCAGAUGUUCUAAAAAUUCCUUUUGACAAGAUGCCAUUUAAUAACACAGAAAAUCAUUCAGAAGAAGAAACAAGCACCUAUAGAAAAAAAGUUAUUUCAAAAUUGUUUAAGUUGUUUUUAAUCAUGUUUAUUACAAUUAUUUCAUAUUAUACAUUGUCUUCUAUUAUUCGGUUGUGCAAUGGGUCGAAUUUUAGUAUGGAAAUUAUACAAAUCGCAUGUAUAGCAUCAUUUAUUAUUUAUAUUGGAGAGGUGCUUUUAAUUGCCAUCAAGUUUUUUAAAUAUUUGAGUUUUUUUACUGAAGUAAAAAAUACAUCAAUAUUUUUUGUUAUAUGCGAGUACACCUAUAUUCUUUUUCUGAUUGCUUUUUGGAAUUUAUUUCUUGUUUUUCUUAAACAGGAAUCACAAAAACAUGCGGUAUCUUUAUAAAAUAUCAAAUGCGAUAAAUGUAUAUGGGUAUAUUUUGACAAUAUUUAGCAGCCUUUAAGUAAACCCCCGAAAACAGCUUAAAAAGAUUGAAUCUAUAUGUAUUUAGAACACCAGAAACACACAGCCCAUGUCAUAUGUAUUAUGUACAUAUAUAGUAAUUUUUCUAAUAAAACUCCA